AAAAGCGCCCGGCGACCUGAGCAGGCUUUAGAGCCUAAAGCAGGGUCUCUGAAUGAAGCGGACCUGGACUUGGCAUUUCCCUUCCUAAAGCGAUGUUUAGGCCAUCCCAACCCUGGCUCUUUGGCAGGAGUUGCAGCCACCCGGGAGAAGGGGAGAGAGAGUUGCGUUGAUGCGAGUCGGGGCCGAGCCACCGCCGGAGCCCGCCGAGGGGGUCAUGCCCGCCCUGCGGGGGCCAGCCCGGGUCUGAGGGGCCCGCACGGGGGCCGAGCGGAGCAGCGGCGGGAGCCGGAGGCCGGGGGGAGCGCUCCCCUGCCCGGCCCAGUGGCAGCGACUGCAGCAACAGCAGCAGCAGCACUAAGCACCAUUACUGUGGAGUGUGAACAUCCCUGCUGAAGGCUGAAAGACAGUGUUUUUGGUCCAUGCUUGCUUAGAGGUGUUCAGAUGGGAUUGAAGUCCACGUGGAGAUAUGGAAAAGGACCCGGGAUCGGCACUGUAAAGAUGGUCAUCUGUGGUCGCCUUCUGUGGCUUGUUGUGGUUACCAUGGCAACGUGUUCUUUGGCGCGACCGUCCUUCAAUUUAGUUGAAGACACCACCCUGGAGCCUGAAGAACCACCAACCAAAUACCAAAUCUCCCAGCCCGAUGUGUACACAGCCAUCCCUGGAGAUUCCCUUGAGUUGCGCUGCCUGUUGAAAGAUGCCAUCAUGAUCAGUUGGACUAAGGAUGGGGUCCAAUUGGGCCCUAACAAUAGGACAGUGCUUAUUGGGGAAUAUUUGCAGAUUAAAGGUGCCACCUCUAGAGAUUCAGGCCUCUAUGCUUGUACUGCUGCUAGGACUGUAGACAGUGAAACCUUAUACUUCAUGGUCAAUGUUACAGAUGCGAUUUCAUCGGGCGAUGAUGAAGAUGACAAUGAUGGCUCUGAGGAUUUUGUGAAUGAUAACAAUAACAUGAGAGCCCCAUAUUGGACCAAUACUGAAAAGAUGGAGAAGAGAUUACAUGCUGUCCCAGCAGCCAAUACAGUCAAAUUUCGUUGCCCUGCUGGGGGAAACCCAAUACCAAGCAUGAGGUGGUUAAAGAAUGGAAAAGAAUUUAAACAAGAGCAUCGCAUUGGUGGAUAUAAGGUACGAAACCAGCACUGGAGUCUCAUUAUGGAAAGUGUGGUGCCAUCUGAUAAAGGAAAUUAUACAUGUGUAGUAGAAAAUGAGUAUGGCUCUAUCAAUCACACAUAUCACCUUGAUGUUGUUGAACGAUCACCUCAUCGGCCCAUUCUGCAAGCGGGGUUACCAGCCAAUGCCUCUACAGUGGUUGGGGGUGACGUGGAGUUUGUCUGCAAAGUUUACAGUGAUGCCCAGCCCCACAUUCAGUGGAUAAAACAUGUAGAAAAGAAUGGCAGUAAACAUGGGCCAGAUGGGUUACCUUACCUUAAGGUAUUAAAGCAUUCGGGGAUAAAUAGUUCCAAUGCUGAAGUGCUGACUCUGUACAAUGUGACUGAGGCGGACGCUGGAGAAUAUAUUUGUAAGGUCUCCAAUUAUAUAGGGGAGGCCAACCAGUCUGCCUGGCUCACUGUUUGGCCAAAAGAACAAGCACCUGUAAAAGAAAAGGAGAUCACAGCAUCCCCAGACUACCUGGAGAUAGCCAUUUACUGCGUUGGGGUCUUCUUAAUUGCCUGUAUGAUGGUGGUCGUCAUCGUGUGCCGUAUGAAGACCACCACCGAGAAACCUGACUUCAGUAGCCAGCCUGCAGUGCAUAAGCUGACAAAGCGUAUCCCCCUGCGGAGACAGGUAACAGUAUCUGCGGACUCCAGCUCUUCCAUGAACUCCAAUACGCCUCUCGUGCGGAUAACGACCCGUCUCUCAUCAACUGCCGAUGCUCCAAUGCUGGCAGGGGUCUCUGAGUAUGAGUUGCCAGAGGAUCCGAAAUGGGAGUUCCCCAGGGACAAGCUGACAUUGGGCAAACCCCUUGGAGAGGGCUGCUUUGGACAGGUUGUCAUGGCAGAAGCAGUGGGAAUCGACAAAGAAAAACCCAAAGAGGCAGUUACUGUGGCAGUGAAGAUGUUGAAAGAUGAUGCCACCGAGAAGGAUCUCUCUGAUCUGGUGUCAGAGAUGGAGAUGAUGAAGAUGAUUGGAAAGCACAAAAAUAUCAUCAAUCUUCUUGGAGCCUGUACUCAAGAUGGUCCUCUGUAUGUGAUAGUUGAGUAUGCUUCCAAAGGAAACCUGCGAGAAUUCCUUCGAGCACGUAGACCACCUGGAAUGGAAUACUCAUUUGACAUCAAUCGGGUACCAGAAGAACAGAUGACAUUCAAAGAUUUAGUUUCGUGCACAUACCAACUAGCAAGAGGGAUGGAGUACUUAGCCUCACAGAAGUGCAUCCAUCGAGAUUUAGCAGCAAGAAAUGUUUUGGUUACAGAAAACAACGUGAUGAAAAUAGCAGAUUUUGGACUGGCUCGAGACAUCAAUAAUAUAGAUUAUUAUAAAAAGACUACAAAUGGGCGGCUUCCAGUCAAAUGGAUGGCACCCGAAGCUCUGUUUGACAGAGUCUACACACAUCAAAGUGAUGUGUGGUCAUUUGGAGUUCUAAUGUGGGAGAUCUUUACCUUAGGGGGCUCGCCUUAUCCAGGAAUUCCAGUGGAAGAACUCUUUAAAUUGCUUAAGGAAGGACAUAGAAUGGAUAAACCAGCAAAUUGCACCAAUGAACUGUAUAUGAUGAUGCGGGACUGCUGGCAUGCUGUGCCCUCCCAAAGACCAACAUUUAAACAGUUGGUAGAAGACCUGGACCGAAUUCUCACUCUCACAACCAAUGAGGAGUAUUUGGACCUCAGUGGGCCUCUUGAACAGUACUCACCCAGCUACCCUGACACCAGGAGUUCUUGUUCUUCAGGAGAUGACUCGGUUUUCUCUCCAGAUCCAAUGCCUUAUGAACCAUGUCUUCCCAAGUAUCAGCACAUAAAUGGCAGCGUGAAGACAUGAAAAGAAUUCAUCAUCGCUUCCUCAGAGAGACAGACACAUGGCAACGAUGAACAUCAGCUAGAAUCAUGGAGUUGUCUUCUCCAGGACUGCAUUGUUAUGGCUUGUACAUAUGGAAUAUUAGGAGUAAAUAUUUGGAGGAAUAGAUGGGACUUGUGUAAAGAAUUAUAUAGUCUGAAGCUCUUAAACGUCAUCAGGAAAAGAAGAAUGGGCCCAAGUAGUGUAUGGACAGAGCACACUGCCAUUUUCCCAACUUGCCGAAAGUAGCAAUUGGCUCUCUCUACCUGCAAUGGAUCCUUUGGACUCAAGGCAAACUUGCGUUCUGCCUUCCUUGUGUAUUUUGUAAUAUUUGGAGAAAAUAUAUGUCGGCACACACUUACAGAGCACAAGUGCAGUACAUAGGUGCUGGGUGUAUGUAAAUAUAUUCAAAAUAUGUAUAAAUAUAUAUUAUAUAUUUACAAUGAAUUAUUUUUUUGUAUUGAUUUAAGAAUGGAUGUCCCAAUGCACCUAGUAAAUUAGUCUCCUUUUUUUAACAGCUAUUUGCUAAAAUGAUGUUCUUACACCUAAUUUCUUAAUUUUCACCGAACUGAGGUGGAAAAUACUUUGCUUUCAGGGAAAAUGGUAUAACAUUAAUUUAUUAACUAAUUAGUAAUGUACAAAACAAUUAAUCGUUUGUAGGGGUUUUUUUGUAAUUUAAAUGGCAUUUCUAUGCAGGCAGCACAGAGAACAAGUAGAUAUAUUAUUGAGACUUUACUAGUUACCAGAGCCUUUGAAAAAAAGAAAUAUUUACAAUAUACAGUAUAACUAAUUCGGGGAAUUAAGCUUUGAUUUAUUUGUCUUUAAACUCUAGUUUCAGGUGAUUCUUCUCAUGAAACCAAAAUUCCCAUAUUAAAAAGAAACUUUAAUAAGAAGAUAUUUUAUUCUCUCUCUCUCUCCCUGGUUUCUGAUUACUACUGAAGCCAAUCAAGCUCUACUUCCCAGGACAAUAGCACAAUCAUUCUAUUAGAGGAGGCCUCCUUCCAGCCUUCAAAGAAGGAGUUUAGCUGAAACAAUAGCAGAAUGUAGGAGCUGUUGAGCUCUCCGCCUCCAAGUUGCACAUUAAUCAAAUUAGCUAAUAUUGUCUUGAAUGAAUUUUCAAUAAUGGGUUCCAGAUCCUUUGGCCAUAAUGAGGCCUUUAAGGAUUUUCGAAUAUGGCAAUUUAAGAUUAAAAAGGAGAAGUGUUAUGCUGACUUUUCCCAGAAAAACUGCAGCUUUGUAGGGGAUUGUUGCACACGAAUUUCAGCAAGACCUUACCAAGAGAUCAGGCCUAGCACUGAUAUCAGACAAACUAUUACUGUAUUACUCAUUUUGUGUUAAAGUAUUGUGUUUGCUUUCAAAACACCCACUCAGUCUGCUAUAGCCAUGUGAUAUGAAUGCAAAUUACACUGAUUUUCGUAUUAAAAGAAUUGGAGAAAGUAUUAAAAAAACAGUUAACUUUUGUACUGACAAUAAAAUGUUUCUACAGAUAUUAAUGUUAACAUGACACAAUAAAUGUCACGCAGCUUAUUUUUUUAA